AUGUCAAGUUCAAACUUGAAGGACUUUCUAAAAGAGUUUGAUACUUCCGAGCAAUUGCUCCCUGGAAAUAUCGACACGGAAAAGGAUGAAUCGGAAACGGCGGCGAUCGUAACCGAGAAUGAAAAAUCGCAUUAUCUCAGUGUUGGACGCUCGAAAUUGAGACCUGUGGCGGAGCCGACAGAUAAAAAAUACGCGGGAAAGAAAGUGACAAGAGAAGAACUCGAACAAGAUUCGGAAAGCGACGAUGAUGAGGAAGAGGAGUACGACGAUGAUUUCAGCGACGAAGAAGAGGAGGCAGCCAUGCUCGCGAAAAUGAACAGUGGAGCGGCAAAAGAAAUGGAAAAGGAACAAGAAGAAGAGGAAGAAGAAGAUAUGUCCAAGUACUUUUUAGGGAAGGGUUUUUAA